AUGCAAAGGACUGCUAUUAUCUUGAUCGCAAAAAUCGACCCUCGGUAUGGAAACCGAAGCCUGGCUUAUGGUACUACAAGACGUAUUAGGAAUUCAAAGAGAAUAAAAGCUAUAGUAACCUCGGCAACUACUAAAGAUGAAGAAAUAUACGACUUCGUAGGAGUUACAAUUAAGUAUGACAACGACGAAGAUAUAUCUUCGGAUAAGACGAAGAUAGGACACGGACAAGACGAGACAGACUUAAAAGAGACCGGCUUCGUCGGCUUAGCAACAAUAGCUACAACCCGUUAA